AUGCUUAGGCAUCACUCCGCGGUUACAGCCUACCACCGACAGGUCAAAAAAGUAUCUUUUGCACGUCCAAAACCCGAAGUGUCCGUACUCUGGGGACCACCUGGUACUGGCAAGUCGCACACCGCCAGAGCCGUCUGCGACGACUACUACGUUAAGCCAGACGGCCAAUGGUGGGACGGAUACCAAGGCCAAGACGUUGUCAUAUUUGACGACUUCUAUGGAAGUGAAAAAUACUCGGAUAUGCUUAGAUGGCUAAGCGAAAAUCCUAUUAAAGUACCGAUCAAAAACUCCAUGACCGACUUAUUGGCCACAAAAUUCAUCAUCACUUCAAACGUGGAACCAAACCGCUGGUACCCGCAAAUUGAAGACAAAAGCGCACUAAUGCGCCGAAUAACCCAAAUUAUAUACAUGGACCAAGUGUAUAGUCCUGAGUAG